AGUCAGUGGGUGUGUAUCAUCAACAGCUAACAUACUGUGUUAUUCAGUUUGUGGAAAAAGAUCCGAAAUUGGCCAGUGAAGUGAUCAAGUGCCUAUUGAAAUAUUGGCCCCUGACGAACAGCCAGAAGGAGCUGAUGCUCUUGAGUGAGCUGGAAGAGGUUUUAGAGAUGACUAGUUUGGUUGAAUUCCAAAAGAUCAUGGUCCCACUCUUUCGGCGCAUUGGAUGCUGUCUCAAUAGCUCACAUUACCAGGUAGCAGAACGUGCCCAUUUGCUAUGGAACAAUGAGCACGUCCUUCAUCUGGUCACUCAAAACAGGCAGGUGAUUCUGCCCCUCGUGUUCUCAUCUCUUGAGCAGAACAUACAGAACCAUUGGAACCAAGCUGUGCUCAAAUUCACCAGAAAUCUAAAAAAGAUUUUAACAGAAAUGGACGAAGAACUCGUGUCCGCCUGCCAGCGCAAGCUGGAAGAAGACAACUUAAUGUCGAAUGUUGCAGCCGAGAAGCGAAGAGCGACAUUGGAACGUUUGGAAAACACCACCGCUGUCCAACCUGUAUUCAAUAAUAUCUUCAUUUCAGUCGAACCUGCCACAUGCUCCGUCACCUGCUGAGGGUAUACUCAGUAAGGAAAACUAAUAACGGCAAUCUGACUAGAUUGAGUCAUGUCUGUACAUUUGUUAGGACAAGUUUAAGUUUUUUAGUGGAGUUUGAUCUCUGAGAUGAAUGUAGACCUAAAAAGUGAGCAGUUUUUACUUCCGCAUGGGGGUUUUUGUGUGCGGGAUUGGUGGGAAGGGGAAGCUCUUUCCCUUGAAAUCGUCCAUAGCCAUGGUUCCUCUCGUAUCAGUAUCUUAGGCUCAGGAUGUUUGCUUUUAUUCUUUGGAAGUUGUAUCGGAUGUGCCUGCUAAGAACAUUGACAUCACGCCAUCUUCUUUUUCGGCUGUCUGGUAGGCACAUUUUCGCUGUUUGACAUGGGAAUUCGACAAUGUAUAGUAGAGCUUGUCUUGUCUGGCUACAUUUCCCAUUGUUAUGUUCUUUGAAAGCUGCACUUUGGAUCUUGCAAA